CCGGACGGCUCGCUUCCAUCUCGCAAGGGACACGCUCUCUAUAGCGCGGCAUCUCGCAGCGCGAGGGCCAGGUUAAAAGCAACGCCUCGCCCCACGCUCCACCGGCAGCCCCUGCGACGCGGCCCCUGGACUUUCCACCGGAGCCCGUUUGCCGUCGAGUUUCUUUCGCCCGUCGCCCCGACGCGCGCGGCAGCCCCACAGGGGAAGAGAGGCGCUAGGCAGCCUCUCUCACACGCGACGCCUCGGCGGCGCCCCGUCUGAGCAAAGCCCGCGGGACGAAAAAUGGCGCGCCUCACGAACGGCGACGACAUGCUGACGUUUUGGAGCCGCGCGCAGUACAUGCGGCGCGAGGUCGAGCCCGACGUCACGGAGCUGCAAGCACAUACCUCCCAACUCUACCCGCCGUCGUUCUGGCUGACGAAGAAGCAGGCCCAAAGGCGGUGGGCGUCGUCGAUGACCUCCGCGGAUCGAGCCGCCUACGAGAAACGACGGAAUUCCCACCGCCAGUUCGUCUCGCCCAUGCGACGGCGAGGCGAGGCCGUCAUGAACUCGCCGAACAAACCGACGUCGAUCUUAAGCCGGUCACAUACCCCAAAGACGCCGGCCAAGGCCAAAACCAAUCGCGAGAAGAAGGCCGAGAUGCGGGCCGAGUUCCGCCAAAAAAUCAAGGAUAGGGGCUCCUGGAAGUACGUGACCCAGGCGGGCUGCUCCUUCUACUACAAUGAAACGACGGGCAUGUGCGAGACGGAACCGCCCGACUACGUGCGGAAGCGCGGCAUGGUUAGGGCAGUGGAGGCCGCGAACUUUUUGGGGCGGAACAUCCAGGCGGAGCGGAAAGCGGCGCCGGACGCCGACGACUGGAUCAAGCAGAUGAUCGCCGACGAGGAGGCGUCGCGCGCGGAGGAGGACAGUCUGGCCGAGGACUCCUUCUCCUUCCUGGACGAGUGGUCGCGCGAGGGGCCCACGCGCUUUAAGUGGUAGCCAUUAGA